CUUCCAGAUCGGCUGUGAUUGGUCAGUUUGGGAAAGAGGAAAUAGAACAUCGAUGGUUCCUGCGUCCUCUUCAUCAUCCUGUGGAUGCUCUGGUAGCUGAGUGCACAUCCGUUUGGCAAUAACGCCUGUAUUCUCUUAGGAGAGGGGGACUUACCAGCUGCCAACAUGUCGAGCAAAAGGGCAAAAGGAAAGAACACCAAGAAGCGCCCCCAGCGUGCCACCUCCAAUGUGUUUGCUAUGUUUGACCAGUCUCAAAUUCAGGAGUUCAAGGAGGCCUUCAACAUGAUCGACCAAAACAGGGAUGGUUUUAUUGACAAAGAAGACCUUCAUGACAUGCUGGCCUCUUUAGGUAAGAACCCCACGGAUGAGUACCUGGAGGCAAUGAUGAAUGAAGCCCCAGGCCCAAUCAACUUUACCAUGUUUCUGACCAUGUUUGGAGAAAAGCUGAACGGCACUGAUCCUGAGGAUGUGAUCCGUAACGCUUUUGCCUGCUUUGAUGAGGAAGGCACAGGUGUAAUCCAGGAGGAGUACCUGCGGGAGCUGCUCACUACGAUGGGUGACAGGUUUACAGAUGAAGAAGUGGACGAGCUCUUCCGAGAGGCACCCAUUGACAAGAAAGGCAACUUCAACUAUGUCGCAUUCACACGCAUAUUAAAGCACGGCGCUAAGGACAAAGACGAUUAGUGGCAGAAGCAGCUUUGGAUGAGGUUUAUUCUCUAUGUCGUGUGUAUCUUUAAUGGGUUAGACCAGCUAUAUCCUGUUACCUGACUCAUGACAAGCUUCUCUGUGGUACAACUCACUGAAGGUCAUUUAUUAAAGCUGCUUGUUGGCCCGUACCUCUGGACUCCCCCCCCCCCCUCCAACUCCUCAACCCCACUCUCUAAGCUCAUUUGCACAUGUGUGAAAUCGCCACUAUGAGGUCUGUGUAAGAUAGUGAACAUGUAUGAAAAGACCCUCGUGGAUUAAGCUGGAAAUAAACUGAACAAGGAGUCUCUUAUUGUGAA